GUCGCGGUGAAUGUGAGUACGUUUAGGGGUUUUUAGCACUACGAAACGUUGCGCUAGGGUUCCAUUAUACGAUUGAUCUGAAUCUCACAUUCAUCGAUCGAUAUUGAAUUUUUUUUUUUUUUUUUGAACAUAGGGGAAUUUGAGGAUAGAGGAUUUAGUUUUCUUAGUUGGAGUCGAACUCCCGAUUAACUGCGCUCAAGCACUGAAGACUUACGAACGAACCAUUGGGUCCGAAAGGUUGGAUUAUCUAUAUUGAAUCUUAUUUAGGUGGAACUUUUAAUUUCAGUUUUGUUCAUAUCUAAUUUGAAUUUAAGUUUCCAUCGGUAGAACUUUCAAUUUUGUUUUUUUUUUUUUAAUGUUUUUGAUCUGAGACAAGGUUGAUAGUAUGGCGAAACGACUGAAGAUUUCUGAUGAAAAGGAGAAGAUGAUAGUAUCUAAGAUGGGUUGGGGAGAUCUAGGUAGUGACCUGCUACGAAAAAUUUACAGAUUGCUAACUCCGGAAGAAUUACUACCCAUGACUUCAGUUUGUCAAUGGUGGAGAUCGUUGUGUAUGGAUACUUUGUUUUGGAAGAAUCAGGAGUCGCUUAAAUUAAGCAACUUGAAGCUUUUCCUUGGCGAACAAGCCAAUUCUGAAAAGUUGCUUCAGGGACUGCAACUCGUGGUGGAUGCGAAUGCAGCACAACUCCACCAACAAUGUGCUAAGAAGAUCAAAUUUCCUUACAAUUAUAAUUUCUAUUAUGAGCAUCUGAAUUUUCUUGCUGAGAGGUUACCAAAGGUCAAAAAGGUUAAAAUCUGUUGUCCGGUUUACACAAGAACAACUGAUGUUACUGAUGUUACAGAGGCGAUCCAAAAGUGGGAGGAUCUUGAACACCUGUUAGUGGGACCAUUUCAUAAUAGUAUAAUACGAAAUUUCAUUCCAGCAAUUGGCAGAAGUUGCAAGAAUUUGAGUGUGUUAUGCUUAGAAGAUUUUAUGGGCGCGUCCCAUUAUCGAUUCAAACUGGAUGACGAUAAUUCUUUACUGAUAGCAAAGAAUCUUCGUCGGCUCAGGGUUCUUAAAUUGCAAGGUGCAUUGAUUUUCAAACCUGGUCUUCAAACCUUCUUGCGUGAGUGCGAGCUGCUUGUAAAGCUCUGUUUCACAAGAUGUCUCAGAGUGAUAGAUGAUUUGGAACCUUCUUUCCGAUGUUUUAAGCUAACAAUAUCACUGAAGGUUGAAAAGGUCGUAGCAGAUGACUGCACUGGGUGGUCUAUUGAUUCUGGGGAGAAGAUGGAUACUCCAGAAGAAGUGAUGAAUCACAUAUGGAGUAUGAAACAUUAUGACUUGGUAAUUGAGUUAAGGAAAGUUCUACCUAAACGCAAUGGUUAUGCCAUGGUGGAGUUUGCGUCACUAUUGUAAGGUUCAUACCAUGAUAUCUUGAUUUCUUUUUUUACUGAAGUACAUGAUCAUUCUAUUCACAAUUUAUUCUUGUUAAGUAAUUAUCGUGAUUUUGUCUUAUUUUCCAUAGUUUGAUCUAGCAAAUUUUAAUGAAAAAUGGAAGCUUUU